AUGCCUGCCGUGUGCGAGGGCCUUUUGGCUAAGCUCGAUGAGCUCAUGGACUUUCUUUGCUUUGCUAAGCUUCUCAAUGCAGAGUUUCGUGGUGUUGUUACCUUUAUGUUUCGAACUUCUUACCCGGACAAGAAUAAUAUUGCAUGCAUACGGACAAUUGAUAUGCGUCGAGGUUUGGAAGUGACUAAGAAGACUUUACACCCUCAGGACCCUUACUUGCCCAACGUGGCCGUAGUACACGUAAGUCUUGAAGAUUUUCUAUACAUGUAUUCAGGCAAGGCAACAACUAGUGAAAUAGCUGGAAUGGUUAUGUCUGGUCGAGUGGCGGUACCCUGGAAUAGUUACAGCAAGCUAAAGGCUUUUGCCGAUUGUUUUGAUUUUUCAACAAAAAUGUGGGAAGCAUACUAUGCAGAUAUUGAAGCUCGUGGUUUUGCAGUAGAGAAUGUGGAAUGCAAACAAAUGUGUUGUUUGCAGAGUAAGAAGGAAGAUAUUGAGGCGAAUUGGCUUAUGGUUUCCGACGCGACGAUUUCGAGUGGAGGCGAGUGGGAGGUGGUGUCGGACUUGAAAUUCUUAAACAUUUCCAAGGAGCAACGUGAAGAGUUUGGAAAGAAGUUUGAUCGAACGCCACUUGAGGAGUGGCUUUCGAAGUUGUGGAACGGCGAUGAAGAUCGGUCGAAAAACAUACAGUCGGUUUCAGCGCUGAAUUUCAAUGUGAAGAAUCCGCUUAGUGAUCUUAAGUCGAUGGCAGGUAGAUUUUUCGUCUCACUGGAGGCGUAG